GGCAGCAUCAGAAGAAGAGUCAAGAGGAUCAGAUAGAUCCACAACACAACAGACCCGCUCCGAUCAACUCCUGUUUCCUCAGCUCGACAGAGGACAGGGGAUGGAGGGAUGAUCCAGACCGACUCCGUUCCGCAAGAUCUUCCUUCUCUCUUUCCUCCGCCUAUUCUGUUCGAUCCUCGCCCGCCGCGUCCGCCGCUGGAGCUGAGGCCUGGAUGCGGAUUCCGAUGCGCGGCAGAACUGCGGUGUUUGCGGCCCUGUUGGCGCUCAGUACCUGCCUAACAGGUUCUAACUUAUGUCCACGCAGUUUGGACUGUGCCCGAGCAGGACGGCACUUCUGCCGACAAGGCAGCUCACACUGCGGGCCCUGCCUGUACCCUCUGGUGGAGGAUCAUCAUGGCCGCUGUGUCGACAAGAGAAGACAUCUUCAUCAUUCUGCUCAGGCUGCUAAAGGUAAGGUGAGGGCUUAUCCUGAGCUGGAUCAGGAGAUUGAUGUCCUGUCAGACAUCAUCAGUGAACAGAGAUCCGAGUCCAGGAUGCCAGCCCCACCCUCCCAGGACAUGAAGGCAGAGCAGCUCACCGGACACAGAGGAUCCCCCACAGACCAAACCAGCAGCCUGAGCAUCACACUCAGCACUUCAAGUGCACCUUCCACUACCAACUGCAGCCCCGGCCGGCUGGGCGAGCCCCACAUUACUGCCUACCCCCCAACUACCAAGUGUUUCUCAGUAAUUAUGACCAGUGUGAUCAUCGCAGUGUGUUUACUGGUCUUGGUCAUAUCUGGAAUCUGCUGUGUCAGAAUGGUGAGAGAUGCAUAUCUGCAGGCUCAGAAGUUGGACUAUCCUGCAUGUGAAACCCAAAACUUUGGAAACUUUCCUGGGGACCAGAAACUGGCCCACAGUGCCCAGAUGUACCACUACCAGCACCAGAAACAACAGAUGCUUUCCCUGCAGCAACAUAGGGAUGAGCUCAGACCACCUGACACAGGAGCAUCAACAGAUGAGGAGAAUGAUGGAGAUUUCACCGUCUACGAGUGUCCUGGGCUGGCACCAACAGGAGAAAUGGAGGUGAAGAACCCAUUGUUUGAUGACGCCAACCUUUACCUACACAGAUUCCACAAACGAGCUCUGCUCCACAGGCUCACAUGUCUGAUUCUGGAGGCUGCUGCCUGCCUCUUUGCAUCUGCUCCAGAACAGAGCUCAGCCAGGAUGGGCAGCAGAGACACUUUAAGGAAGGAAUCUGGAGAUGAAGCCUUGACUCUGUCUCAUCAUCAGUGAAGAUGUGAAGGAGGUCGUCAAAUACACAAACCCCUCCAGCAGACAUAUUUAUCCAGAUUGACAGAACUUGUGGAGCAAAACACAGUUCAUGGGGCAUGCAAAUCAAAGAUCAAAUUGUCAUGUUGCAUUUUUAUGUUUUUUUUCCCCUCUGCUAAAAUCUCUGCUGAUUUUUUUUUUGUUUGUUUGUUUGUUCUCUUCCGAAUUAAUAAUUAUGUAAAGGAGCUUUAGAACAAUACAAAUUGUCUUUGGCCUCUUUAUAUGUUCUCCAU